AUGGUCAUUAAGGAGGUUGAAAGCACUACUUUGGCAGAACCAGACCUGCUUGAAAAAAUUGAUCGACUGUUUGCUUGCAAUAUUGGAGAAUACAUUGACCUUCCACAGCUGGUGGUAGUGGGCGACCAGUCAAGUGGGAAGAGCUCUGUCCUUGAAGGCUUGACCAAGUUGAGCUUCCCCCGUAACAGCGGUCUCUGCACUCGCUUCGCGACGCAGAUCAUCUUCCAACGAAAAGCCAACUUUGUUAGUCGAGAGAUCUCGGCUUCCAUAAUUCCAGCACCGGGGCUCGAUAUCGAUGAGGAACAGAAACUCAGGAAUUGGAAGGUUACUGGUCUGCAGGCUCUCAGCGUAGAAGGGUUUGCUCAGAUGAUGAGAGAGGUCCAUCAACUUCUGAAUCUUUGUGAUUUGAAAUUCAUCGAAACCUUUGGAAAGCCGACGUUCUCCAACAGUGUUCUCCGGCUUGAGAUUUGUGGCCCUCAGGAGGAUCAUCUCAGUGUAAUUGAUGUCCCCGGAAUAUUCAAAACCACGGUCCAUGGAGUCACCACAAAAGAUGAUAAAUCGCUCGUCCGCGACAUGGUUUAUAAUUACAUGAAGAACCCACGCUCUGUCAUGUUGACCGUUGUUCCAGCAAAUGUGGACAUUGCGACGCAGGAAAUUAUCGAGAUAGCUCGCGAAAUCGAUCCAAAAGGCGAAAGAACUCUGCCUAUUAUGACAAAGAUCGACCUCGUCGAUCAAGGAACCCAAAACAGAGUAAUAGAUAUGAUUGAGGACCAAAAUACGAGUGACCAGCUUGGGUGGGUUGUUGUUCGAAACCUGGGACAACAGGAGCUUGAGGAUGGGAAUGUCGACCGAGACGUUCUGGAAGAAAGGUGGCAUCAAACUCCUCCCUGGAACCGCGUGCGGGCUGAAAUCUUCGGCAUCAAUGCUUUGAAAAAGCGUCUUCAAGAGGUCCACACAUCACACGUGCGCCGCACAUUUCCAUCGGUACGUUCCGAAAUUAAUAAGAGACUCAAUGCGGCACGAGAAGCUCUUCAAUCGCUUGGAACUGAGCGACAUACCCCAGAACAGCAGCGCAUGGCUCUUCUGGACAUUGUUUCAUCUUUUCAAAAUAUCACACAGCUAGCACUAGCCGCAAACUACAGUUUAGAUGAUAUCUUUGAUAAAGAUCAGGAUGUUCGUUUGGCAACCCUGGUCUCGAGCAGAAACGUGGAAUUUUCGGACCACGUUUCCACAUGGGGCCAUGAAUUCGCAUUUACCGAUAUAUUCCAUCCAGACGAGGCACCAGAACCAGAAGGUUCAGAAGAGUCGGCAGAUCCAUCUUUGGAAUCCACCGACGAAAUUCAACCAGUCAAACAGCAUGGAGUCAAUUUCGUUUUAAGCCGCAGGGUUCAAGAGGAUGAAGAUGUGCAGGAAAUUCUGCACGAUGCUGUCAACCCUCCUCGAGCUAAAAGUGGCAUUUCCAUAUGGAUGGACACAGUCUAUCGUGAAUCUCGUGGCUUCGAAAUAGGCACCUUCAACCAUACCUUGCUGUCGGCAUUGAUGAAGAAGCAAUCUGCGAAAUGGUCAAGUCUAGCGCAUGGAUACAUCAGCGAUGUGAUCGCCAUAGUCCAUCGAUUCAUCAAAAAAGUACUCCUCGCUGCCUGUCGUGAUAUCAAGAUCUCGACCAACAUCCUCACUCGUUUGUGGGAUGACCUAACCGGCAAAUAUCGACAGGCUAUCUCACAUGUUGACUUUCUGUUGAAAAUCGAACGUAAGGGAACGCCGAUGACUCUGAACCAUUACCUCAACGAUAAUCUCCAAAAGUGCCGACAAAAAAGAUUCAAGGACGCGUUGGCUUGGAAGACCCUGGAGAGUUGCUCACACGGAGAAGUCCUUCGAGUCAGCGAUCUCUCAUACCGUGACAACAUGAGUAAUGCUGAGCAUACUGUUCAAGACCUCCAUGACAUUCUAGAGGCGUGCUACAAAGUGGCUCGAAAAAGGUUUGUCGACAAUGUUUGCAUGCAAGGAGCAGACCAUCUCCUCGUGACCGGUUCAGAUGCUCCUAUGAAAAUUUUCUCGCCGUCGUGGGUCAAUCAACUCUCGGACAAGUUUCUGGAGGAGAUUGCCGGCGAGGAUAGCAACACAAAGCGGAGACGGCUACAGCUGCAGAAGGAAAUCACCGACUUGGAGACUGGUAGGAGGAUCCUUCUGAGUUAA